UGUUUGUUUCGCGCAUAUUCUGUCUCGCGCUGUUCUCCAGCAGGUCACAAAGCGCUCUUUGUUGUCAUGAACUUGUACACGCCGUGGCUGGCGCCUGCAGAGAGAGAGAGAGAGAGAGAGAGAGAGGGAGAGAGAGAGAGAGGAGAGGGCACUCCCGCGGAAGAGGUUCACAGGACAGAUAGAGGGAGCUAUUCGGUACGGCAAGCCUAGUGGGCUGGGCGCACGAGUGCUCAAUCUGAACGGCGCGCGAUACAUCGAUAAACUGACGGCGUGAGGGAUUAACGGGUUGGGCGGAGGUGGAGAAGGGCGGCGGAACAGAGGGGAAGGCGAAAAGCUGCAGACCCAAGACUUGAACAGCUCGCGCAUCGUCCCAACGGCGGAUAACUUCGGCCUCUGUGUGCUUUUCUCCUCCGACUGAUCUUGGCGACAACUUCUUUCCGAACACUCCCGAGCUGCGCCCCCGCGCAUCAGCUCCGCCGUCCAAUGAAUGGAGUGGCGUUCUGCCUGGUCGGAAUCCCACCCCGUCCCGAGACCGCGGCUUCCAUACUCCGAGAUGGGCUGGGCUCCUCCAAUGAGAACCCUCGGCCGGUGCUGGAGGGCAGGGCUACGGUGCGGUGGGCGGGGCCAAGAACUCUGCUCUUGCAACGGACACACGCCGCUCAAGGUUUCGGAUUCACACUCCGCCACUUCAUCGUCUACCCACCAGAGUCUGCACUACGGGAUGAAAUCAAUGGGAAUGAGAGAGGUCGGCUGGAGCCCAUGGAUACCAUCUUUGUGAAGAAUGUAAGAGAAAAUGGCCCCGCCCACCAAGCUGGUUUGUGCACAGGUGAUCGUCUCGUUAAGGUGAACGGUGAGAGUGUGUUGGGGAAGACCUAUGCACAGGUGAUUUCACUCAUCCAAAACAGUGGGAGUGUGUUGGAACUCUCAAUUAUGCCAAAACAUGAGGAUGUGCUACAGCUGGCGUACUCUCAGGAUGCUCUUUCCUACUCCAGAGGAACUGUUUUGUACUCUGGAGGAGCUCAGCAUAUCCCAGCCCCGCCUGCACCUUAUAACCACCCCCAUGAACCUGCCCACAUGGGUCAGAAGCAGCAAGAUGGGUGGGGGCUGACGCACACACACACCCACUCGCUUCACACACACACCAACACGCCUCAUACACACACCAACACGCCUCACACACACACCAACCGGCCUGACACACUUUCGCUCACACCUCACACACACUCUCAGGAGAGGAGGGGCCGCUGGCUAAGCCCCGCCUCCCCGCCGGAUAACUGGACAGACGGGGAGGGGCCCAGAGGACGCUCUUUCUCCUUUGGGGGCCACGCCCACCAUCACCACGGCAACCAUCUGUCGCCCGCAUCGCCCAGUCGCAGUUCUCAUACAGCUCAAGCACUGAGUGACUGGUACUACACACACUCACAAACACACACACACUCAUGCUUGCCUUACACACGCACACACUCCCAGUCAUCCUACCUGCCCCCCCGCACCCCCCCAGCACCCAGACGCCCCCCCCCUCACCGGCGCAGCGCCUCUCAGGACAGGCUGGGGGAGGGCAGGGGGAGGGGCUACAGUAGCUCCCAGGAGGCUGAUUGGUUGCUGCAUUCAGUAAGCCCCGCCCACUGGAGGCAGCAGGGGGUGUGGCCUGUCCGCUCACGCUCAGAGUCCCUCCUGGUUGCACGCCCCGCCCCUUCACUGGAGCCUCUCUCAUUGGACAGACCAGACAGACAGGCUCCGCCCAGGAGUCUUGUUAGUCCCGCCCACAGACGAACAACACAACAAUCUCACACACCACAACACACACCACAACACACACCACAUCACACACACCAACACGCACAACAACACACACCUCAACAUUCUGGACACCCCCCCCAACACAUGCCCCAUCACUACGAACAGACACCUGGGCACUCCUAUGUGCAAAGAACCCAACACACACCCCAACACGCACCCCAACACACACCCCAACACGCACCCCAACACGCACCCCAACACGCACCCCAACACACACCCCAACACGUACCCCAGCAUGCACAUGGUCAAAGACCUCCUAAAGUUCCAGCAGAUAGCUGUGAACACACUCCUCCGUACUCAGCCCAACACACAGCGGAGUGUUCCUCCUCACACACUCCGCAACACACACACCACUCCCCUCUAAUGCAGUGCACUCCGCAACACACGGCAGAAACACUCCCCCAGCCGACUCCUGACCACACACCCCGACCCCGAAGGCCCGCCCCUCAGGUGCGGCGUCGCUCUGAGGGGGAGGAGUGUGAGGGUUACCGUAGCUACAGUCCCUCCUUCUACCACAAGACUGGGCGGAUCCUGCAGCACACCCACUCAUUCCGAGACUCCCCCCACUUUGACGCUCUCGCGUGGAGCUCCUCCCACACAGAAGACCCUGAAACCGUCGACCAAUCAGACACUGUGCCCAGUGAGGGACGGAUCCACCUGCUGACCAACCAGAUGCAGGCAGUUGAGAAGGAGGCGGAGCAACAACAGGAAGUGGAGCUGAGACAGAAAGAGGCGGAGCAACUACAGGAAGUGGAGCUGAGACAGAAAGAGGCGGAGCAACAACAGGAAGUGGUGCUAAGACAGAAGCCCCUUGGUGGACGUAAAGCGCUCCAUUCCUUGCACCUCCCCCCCAACUACAUGCUGGACUCUCUCAGCCUAUCAGAUCCUGCCAACAGCCUUGGACCCCUCCCCAGCACUGAGCAUGCCCAGAACACUGGCCCCGCCCUCCAACCAGCUGGCCACGCCCAUUCCAACAGCAGUGACUCCACCCCCCAACAGCGGAACGCUGGGACUCAACAGGAUGACAGCCUGGCAACCAUUCCAUUCAUUGAUGAACCCACAAGUCCCUCCGUUGAUCUUCGGGCCCGGCUAGUCUCCGCCUCCUCUGUAGUGUCCAGUGGGGGUGUUGACUCCACCCCGGUGUCUAGCCACACCCACACAGAGUCCAGAAACCCCGCCCCCACCCCUUCCCUUCUUUCCCACAAGCUCCACCUCUCCCACCACUACAGUGUGAAGUCCAGUCGCCGCUCGUCUUAUAUGUUGGCUGUCACGGCACCACGCUCCAAGUCAUGCGACGAUGGUCUGAACAUGUUUAGUGAUGAGAGACGGCCAAAGAGGGCGAAGAGCUUUUUCAGAGAUGGGACUGUAGGUGAUGUGGGCUCCAAGCGGCACUCGGCUUCAGAACUGGACAGCAGCUACAGCGCCACCUGGAGGGAGGGAUGGAUCAACUACAAACACAUCCAAUCAGAGAAGGGCAAAAAGGUGGGCAGUGCGAUUAGGCCGUGGAGGCGGGUCUAUGCUGUUCUGCGCUCCCAUUCGCUGUUUCUCUACAAGGACAAACGAGAGGCGGUGCUAGGGACUGGGACUGAGGAUGACCAGCCAAUCAACAUUGCAGGGUGCUUGAUUGACAUCGCCUACAGCGAAACGCGACGCAAGAACGUGCUGCAACUGAGCACUCAGGACUACAGUGAGCACCUCCUCCAGGCCGAGGACCGCGAGCAGAUGCUCAGCUGGGUUGCCAGUAUCCGUGACAACAGCUGGACCGACAACCAGGAGCUCUGUUUGUCAAAACAAGCGCUGAUCAAUAAAAAACUCAAUGACUACAAAAAGCAGGGUAUCACAGGGAACAGACCGGACUCAUCUCCCAGAAUCCCCCGGAUUCUUCUACCAAAGACUGACUCCACUGCAGCCCCACACUCCCCAAAACUAGAUGCCAAAGAUGAGAGCCCCCCUAAGUCUCCGUGGGGGAUCAAUCUGAUGAAGAGGGGUCGGAGGGGGGCGGGGCCUAAAACGUUUGGGGUUCGACUGGACGAAUGCCAACCAGCCGUCUCCAACAAGUGUGUUCCCCUCAUAGUGGAGGUGUGCUGUGGUAUAGUGGAGGAGAAAGGUCUGGACUCGGUUGGGAUCUACAGGGUGCCUGGAAACAACGCUGCCGUCUGCCAUCUCCAGGAGGUGCUAAACAAAGGAGCAGACAUCAACACCACAGACGAGAAGUGGCAGGAUCUGAACGUAGUCAGCAGCCUCCUCAAGUCUUUCUUUCGGAAGCUUCAAGAACCACUCUUCACAGACGACAAAUAUCAGGACUUCAUCGAAGCAAACCGCUUGGACAACGCCAGCCACCGUCUCAAAACCCUGAGGACUCUGAUCUGUGAUCUUCCGGAUCACCAUUUCUACACUCUCAAGUUCCUGCUGGGACACCUGAAGACAGUAGCAGCACAUGCAGACAAAAACAAGAUGGAGGCCCGUAACCUAGCCCUUGUGUUCGGUCCCACACUGGUGCGCACGUCGGAGGACAGCAUGACGGACAUGGUGACCCACAUGCCUGACCGCUACAAGAUCGUGGAGACCCUCCUCCAGCACCAAGAAUGGUUCUUCAGUGAGGAGCCAGAGAAAGAGGAGAAAACACCUGUGGACUCCGAGGACAUCCAAGCAGCCCCCAACAUCGACCACCUGCUCUCCAACAUCGGCCGCACAGCAAACCUGGGAGACACUUCAGACUCAACAGCCAGUGACUCGGCAAAGUCUAAGGGUUCAUGGGGCGCCCCUGAGGUCUUGAUGCUGUCCAUCAUGUCUGCUGUCACAAAAAAGCGUCGUCAGCGACAACAAGCCCCACACUUCAGCACUGAUGACGAGUCAGGGCUUGAGCCAAUCACAGCAAGUGUGACGGGGGAGGACUCCGCCCCUAAAGCUGAGGGGGAGGAGGAUGAGGACGAUGAGGAUGAUGAGGACGAUGUUGAAGAGAAUGAUGAAGAAGUUCAUGUGGCAGUGGAGAAAGGAUCUCCCAGCAUUCCUCACGACAUCCAGAAGGAGUCGUUUCCCAUGGGAGGCGGGGGUGGGGGCGGGGACAAGAGCUCGGUGGUGUCGGGUUACUCAUCUCAGGGGCGGAGCCUGGUGGAGGAGGCGGACGAUGAGAGCAGUGAGUGGGUCAGCGAGACUGAGACAGAAAGCGGCUUUACCUCACACUCCACACACACACACUCCGCACACACACACUCCACACACACACACUCCGCACACACACACUCCGCACACACACACUCCGCCCCUGACGACUCUUGUCGCUCACAUGCGGCGCGUAGCUCCACCUCCUCGUGCGGCUCCGGCCAGCGUGUGCAGACACGCCCCUCCUUCAGCUCUCAUAGGCUGAUCCAGUGUGACACGCUCGCCCGUAAAAGGCAAAAGGGUGGAGCCAGAACAAAGACACGCCCACCCCUGCUGCCCGAACUGCCUGGAGGAGGGGCCAACGUUGACCAAGAGGAGGGGCCUAUUCCCAGCACCGCCUCUCAUAGCCCCACCUCUCCAGAUCCCAGCAGCAAUUCAGAGAGCCCAAAGAUACCAUCACACACACUCACACACACCCCUCCACACACACCAUCACACACACUCACACACACCCCUCCACACACACCAUCACACACACACACACCACACACACUCACACCAUCACACACCCCUUUACACACUCAAUCACACAAAGUGUCACAGAGUUCAAGAACCUCUAGGACAAUUGAUGACAGCCCCCAGAGGCCACCAUAUACACAUUCACAUGCCGACCCCCACUCUCUCACAACGCCACACACACUCACACACACACAGGCCCACCCCCACUCAAUCACAACGCCACACACACUCACACACACA